CAAGCUGGGGAAGACCAGCAAAGGCAAUUAAGAUUUCUAGGUUUGCAACCAAACUAAAGCACAACACUUCAGCCAUCCUGACUCUGCCUCUUUGAUAAAAGGUCGAACAAGACAGCUAAUUUGGAGCGUGCAUUUAGGUGAUGGACUAAUAGAGGUUUUGUGAAGACAGCAACAUGAAAGUGAACAAAAAAUGAAAAAUGGUAAAGAUUUCUGAUCUACACCAUACAUAUGAACCACUGCGAGGUUCUUCUAGAAGAGCUGCAUAAAAGCGUAAAAACUCAUUUCAGAGAAGCUGGCAGAGGAGAUCUUCCUGGCAGUCUGUGCCCUAAGUUUUUAUUUCAACAAAGAAUGAAAACGUCAGAUAGAGCUGCCUCCUGCACUGCUGUCUAUACCCCUCAUGUUGGACUAGGUCUGGGGAGUCCAGAGUUCAAAUCCCCAUUCAGCCAACCUAACCCUGUAUACCACUCUGUGCUCCUUGGAGGAAAGCAGGAUAUAAAUAACACCUUGGCCAAAGCAUUAUACGAUAACAAAGCGGAGAGUCCUGAUGAGCUCGCCUUCCGCCGAGGAGACAUCCUGACAGUUCUUGAGCAGAAUGUCCUCGGAAGUGAAGGGUGGUGGAAAUGUUCCCUCCAUGGAAAGCAAGGCCUGGUGCCUGCAAAUCGCCUCCAGCUUUUGACCCCUUCACAGCUUCCUUGCACCCAGCAUGAUUUCCAAGGACUCUCAGCGAACCCACAGAUUAUCUACCAAGUUCCCUCAGCCGUGCUCAAGGCUCCCCCACCAUUGUCCAUUUAUGAAAAAAUGGACGGUUGGACUAAGACUCCUCCUCCUUCCUCUGCUUCUUCCCCACCACAACAAGAGGUCUACGAAGUGCCAGCUUUGGCUGCAAAAGUGCUGAGUGAAAAGCCCCAACAUUCAUCACAUCAGCACCUCAUCACUCUUCCCAGAGCAACUUGGGCAUCUGCACUGAAAAGCAAAAGUGAUACCUAUGAUGUCCCAUCCCCACAGCGCUGUGUAUCCUUAUUCACCCAGGGUCUUGCCACUCCGCCUUCUUCUAGAAAGGGCUCCAAACAAUUCCCCUUCGCGGAAUGCUGCCUGGAAAAGGCACUGCAGCUCUAUGAUACCCCGCUGAGUCCAGAAAAGGCCAGAACGCACAAAAGGCAGGAGUCUCCGGAGGGCAACGUGUAUGACAUCCCACCAACAGCCUCCAGAGAAUUUGGCACUGCUACAGAAACAGCACAUCAAGGAAAGCAUUUGAAUUAUUACAAUACUAUGCCAAACCUUCGCAAAUCAGAAUGGAUCUAUGAUAUACCAGUGUCACCGGAAAAAAUGGGAUUAAGACAGAAUCAUUACCCAGCUAAGCAUUUCCUUUAUGAUAUACCAUCAGCCAGGUUUGAUUCUGGUAUGCAAAUCAACCCACUAAUACACAAUAAAUCAGUGAAUUCACAAGUAUAUGACGUUCCACCUGUACUAAGGAAAAUAAGUGCUCCAGAGAUUCCUCUUUAUGAUGUGCCAUCCACACACGAUGCAUUAUUGCAGCAUCAAAAUGAUAACUAUAUUGUUCCUCUGGGAAUUCCGUCCUCUAGGAUUGAAAAGGAGAGCUAUCAGACGCUCUAUGAUAUUCCAAAAGGAACGCCUAUUGCUUCACCAGAAAAGAAAGGGGUUGAAAACCAUAAUUCUGAAGACAACACUUAUGUUUUUCCUCUACAUGUGACCAGAGAUGGCAAAUUGGACCAAGACAGAUUGUCUGUUUCAAGUACAGACAGCAGGACCAGCACCAUAUCAACCUCAUCAAGUUCUUCUACAGAGUUUUUUCAAUUUACAGCAUCAUCAUCGCCUUCUUCUACCCCGCUGUUAUCAAGAGAGCCCACCCCUAAAGAAGCAACUAUGGAACUUGACUCAGCCAUAGAAACGCUGACUAAGCUACAGCACAGUGUAUCCAGUUCAAUUGCAAGUCUAAUGAUCUUUGUGAGCAGCAAGUGGAGAUAUCAAGAACAUCUAAAGGAAAACAUUGAGGAAAUCCGUCGAGCAGUUGACCACAUAAAGGUCUCUUUGGGAGAAUUCUUGGACUUUGCUCGAACCGUUGAAGGAAAUGCGGCUUAUGUCUCUGAUAGUAAACUGCAGGCAAGAAUUAAAAAGCAGCUGAACAGCCUCAUUGACUCUUUUCAGAGGCUGGUAAAAACAAGAGAAGCGCUGAAUGCCUGCAAUUGGUCGCUUGAGGUUCUGGUAAUUAAGAGUCCACAGGAUAACCUGGACGAUCUGGAUCGGUAUGUGAUGGUGGCCCGCACCAUUCCAGAUGACAUCAAGAAAUUUGUGUCCAUCAUCAUAGCUAAUGGGAAGCUACUGUUCAGAAAGAACAGCAAGGAGAAAGAUGGCCACGAGCGGAGAAUUGGUGUAGAGCACAAAAUGAAAAAGGACAGUUCCGAGCAGAGAAUAGGAGAUGAUUCUCUUGUAAGAAACGUUUUGGAUAAGCCAAGAGAAAACAGUACCUAUUUGGAGAAGUCAGGAGUUGACAUCCCUGACGACUGUGAUAAUGUUCAGUUACAGAAAUCAUUAGGACUGGGACAGGCACAACGUUCUCCUUCAGCUAGCAAGAUGGAAAGAAAGAAUGUGGAAUUAAAAAUAAAGGGUUCUCCACCUACAGUGAAACACAACAGUUUGAGCAAGCAGGAUUCAGCCCAGAAAGUGGUGCUCUCUGAUCUCUGCAGAUUGUAUUUUGGUGCUGUGCAGAGAGCCAUUGGUGUCUUCCACAAGAGUCUCAGUGAUGACCAGAGCCCUGAAGUCUUCAUAGCCCAGAGCAAACUGAUCAUUAUGGUGGGGCAAAAGUUGGUGGACGCCUUAUGCCAGGAAGCCCUUGAGAAGGCCACUCGAAACGAGAUCCUGUGUGGCAGCAGCCAGUUUUGUGGCUUGCUGAAGAAUUUGGCAGUUGCCACCAAAAAUGCUGCAAUGCAAUAUCCAAAACCCGAAGCCAUAAGGGAACUUCAGGAUCAAGCUGAUGGGCUGUCUAAGUACAUACAGCAGUUCCAAGCGAUGAUGGAAUGAAGUGAUUGCUCUGCUGGCGUUUGGUGGACACACGUGUUGGCAGGGUUGAAAGCGACGGAAAGAACUGAGUUUCAUUUCUAGAUGUGUAGCAAGACUCCUUCUUUGUUAAAGAGCUUGUGUGUCAGUCUAUCCCUGCCCAAGGGGAAUAAUAGUAUUGUAGCUCCCUACCUCAAAGGGAUGUUGUGAGAAUAAAUAUAUAUACAUAUUUGGUAAAA